AUGGCAGCGGAGCUCCAGGCGCUCGAUGGCAGGAUUGACGAAGGGCGACGCCCAGCGAGAGCUGCAGUCGCAUUCACUGUCGGUGAUGAGGAGCAUGAGAUGGGCGAUCUCCGGCAAGCGGAACGACUGGUCGCCCCGGGCGUGGUAGAGCUUGACGUGACAAGUGGGAGGAAGGUGCAUGAGGAGCUUGCCGAGGCGUGGGGAGCGGGAAACGUCCUCGGCGAUCGAGACGUGUUGAGCGCGCUGCAUCGUCUCCUUCUGCCAAGGCAUGCGGCUGCGAGGGUGGAAGAAAGGCAGCUUGCCCCUGGGACCUCUGAAGGAGAGGCCGCCGUUCUGCUUGCUCAUGAUUGCAAGUUUGGCUCCAUCUCCCAAGAGAAUCCUGUUCGCCAAGCCACACAUGUCCUGGCUGACCUGCCUGACCGCAAUCAGGGUGUUGUAGUCGAGCUGUCCGAGGAUCUCCUCGACGAUGUGUGGGAAGCAAUAUGGAUCUAG